UUGACCAUCAAAUUAUAAAAGUAAAUCGUAUUAUCUUUGAUCUUGUAAAUUGGGAUUUGUAAAUUUUUAAUUAUAUAGGCUUAUUGCUUUGUUUUAUUGUAAAAAAACACAUUUAUAACGCCGAACAAUGAUUGACAAACAAAGGCUUGUUUUAUAAAAUGUCGGAAAGGAAAUCUAACGAAAAUACUUCAACAAUUACUUUUGAUCCUAUUCUGCCAGACAGUGGAAUUCUUUUCUAUGAAGAAUGUCCAAAAGAAUAUGAAAUUGAUCCUCCAAUAUUAUUACCAUUGAAGAGCACUACUCAAAUACGUUUUGAAGAACUUCAAAGUGAAGCUGUUCGGGCUUGGAAAGAAUCUCAGAAAACAGCAAGCAAGAAAGAGUGAAAUAAUUUGUAUAGUACACAUCGAACAACAUGUAUUACACACUAUUUAUCAUUGAAAUUAUUUCUGCGCUGAUCCUUGCAGCAACCUUGCUAUACAGAUAUGGAGACUGUUAUAGGAAUCACAUAAUUGUGACUGUGUCUGUGCUGACAGCAUGGUAUUUCUCAUUUUUGAUCAUGUUUAUUUUGCCACUGGACAUAGCCUGGACUGUGUAUAGAACUCAUCAAUGUUUAAAUACAUCAACUCCGCUUGAUGCAACCACUUUGAGUUUGAGUUCUACCACUGCAGCACCGGCACCUCAAUGCCCAAUAUCCUGGCCAGAUGAAGUUUUUCCAAAUUUGUGGAGAGUAGUGUACUGGACAUCACAAUGCUUGACUUGGUUAAUAAUGCCCAUGAUGCAAUCAUAUAGUAAGGCAGGUGAUUUCACUGUCAAAGGCAAACUAAAGUCGGCUUUAGUUGAUAAUGCAAUAUACUAUGGGUCUUAUUUGUUUAUAUGUGGUAUACUACUCAUUUAUCUGGCAUUUACAUCUGGAGUUACAUUGGAUCGGUUUAAAAUUAAAGCAAUUGCAUCAUCUGCCAGUAAUACAUGGGGAUUAUUCCUAUUGAUCUUACUGCUUGGUUAUGCACUAGUGGAAGUGCCAAGAAACUUAUGGAAUAACUCAAAGAAAAAUUAUACAUUGACAUACUGCUAUUUCAAGAUUGCAAAACUGAGUACUGAUAAAUUUGAGGCUGAAGAAACAAUUGACGAUAUUUUAGAGAGUUUAAAUUGUAUAACAGCAGCCGUUGAUUCAGGACACCCUUUGUACCGUCAUGUUGAAACAAUCGUCCAAAAGCUACCUGUACAACUAAGAGAUAAACUGGGAUCUAGGGCGCCUCCCGAACGGACACCACCGCCAUCUUUGAAAAGCCUUAUUAAUUUACAUAAAAAGACUAUAAAGGCUCUGCACGUACUCCAGCGCACUGAAACCCAAUACACCAUAAUGCUUGAGAGAACCUACCAUUUGGAAGACAUCGCUGCCAACUGCAGAUCACCCGACCAUCGCUUCCAGCAUACUUUUCAGAUGGCCCGACCAAAGGUUCAAAGGAUCUUCUAUCCUCCAUUAGUUGAAUGGUACUGGGAGUGCUUUCUAAAGCAAUACUUCUUGAAGACGAUGGCCGUGGUGACGGGAAUAUUGUCAAUAAUGGUGGUAUGGUCUGAAGUGACGUUCUUCAAUAAGGAACCCGUUCUGUCUAUUUUCGCUAACAUCGUAUCUGCGGCUGGAAAGAAAUUCAACUAUAUCGCUAUUGUGACAAUAUCAACCCUAAUUAUAUGCUACAUAUUCUACUGUGCCUACUCCACGGUACUGAAGAUCCGGGUUCUGAACCUAUACUACUUGGCUCCUCACCACCAGACCAAUGAGUACAGUCUGAUAUUCUCCGGAAUGAUGGUGUGUCGUCUCACACCAGCUAUGUGUCUUAACUUCCUUGGACUGAUACAUCUUGACUCGCAUAUUAUUACUCAGAGGAUUAUGGAGACUUAUUAUACACAGAUAAUGGGUCACAUGGACGUCCUUCGUAUUAUAGCUGAAGGAUUCAAUAUUUAUUUCCCGAUGUUAGUAAUAUUGCUAUGCCUGGCUACGUAUUUCUCUCUGGGUAGCAGGUUGCUUUCGUUAUGUGGAUUCCAGCAGUUUGUUGGAGAUGAUGAAUUUACCACGGACUUGGUGGAUGAAGGACGGGAACUUGUUAAGAGAGAGAAACGUCGCCGUCAACGCCUUGAAGAAUCUACGACACGUAGAAGGGACUAUAGCGAACGGUUCACCGCUUACAGACCGAGGGAUACGGAUGGAGCCCGCACCGGGCUUCUUCACGAUAUUGGUUCGGACCACUACGCCUCACCAGAACGGACAGACAUCCACUCAUACCAACGCGCAGAGUUGCCAUACAACCGCCAAGAUGACAUUGACAGACGAUUCGGCGAAAGUACUCUGCCAACUGUCAGAACUGAAGAAAGAAGGCGGGACAGAUUAACUAUUCCUCCCAAAGGAUUGUUUGACGAUGUGUAAUUCGUGAUUGCCUUGAACAUAUAGUAUAUAAUAUAUAUAAGCAAUUUUUUUAGUACACUGUCGAACCGUAUAUAAUAUAUAUAUAAAAAAGGUAAGGCCUGAUUAAUUAACGACUCAAUAAACAGUUAACUCUGAGUAUGGCUACAUACUGUACCUUAAAUAUAACAGAGACACAAUAGUGCGUUCGUUAUAUGAAUUAUGUGAGAUAGUAAUUAUUAUUAAUAAAGAAUAUGCAUUAUAGGAUUUCGUCCAAAAUACAUGGACUAUUUAGUGUUAAAUUAGGAAGCUAAUUUAUUUAAUUGUUAUCAUGUGAGCUUAUAGAAUAAGGUAUUAGAUGUUCGCUCUAAACAGGGCAUAGAAAUCAAAUAGAAACAAACUUAAACAUUUAAAAUUUAAACAUUAGGGAUGCAUCGAUACGCCUUUUUGCCGAUACGAUACCGAUACUCUUAUAGAAAUAUCGCCGAUUCCGAUACGGUUACCGAUACUAAUGCUUAUUGAAUUCAAAUUAAAUUAAGGUAAAAUAUAUCAAGUUUGAUUAAAGUUUUUAAUUUUUUUUUUAUUAUAAAAUAUAAACAGUCACAAACUUUGAAUAAGAUUAAAGGUUUAGUAAAUAAAAUUAAGAAUUAAGAGUAAUAGUUAAAUUAAA